ACUUGCUUUAAUUGAACUCAGGAUGGUUUUCAUGAACUCUUUUAAUCAAAAUUCAAGCAGGGCACUUGCUGUCAGUAUUUUUCGCAGAAAAAAACCAAGCGCUUCUCAUUUCAAGCCUCAUCGAUGACACGGGACAAGGUCUGCAGACCACAGCCAGGCUUCGUUUACUCACAGGUGAGAGGUUCAGAGUCCAGCGAGGUGGCAGGCCGCAGAUGAGACCAGCUUUCACCAAGGAGACCUUUAAACAGGGCUCCUGGCCUCUGCUGGUCACCUCGCAGCCAAACAGCUCUCUCCAGCUUUCAGGAAGACGGCUGCCUGCUUGACCCCCAAAUAACUGGGAGAAGCGGUUCCUGGGGUCCAGCGGUCUGGGGGAGGAGGCAGGACCUGUUGAGGAGGGAGUGUGGUCCUUAACACACACUUCCACGCGCUGGAAGGAGACCGGUGUCCUCUUUGGACUUUUCCAGCUGCAGUCACCGGGGCUCGCCCAAGUGCCCUCCAUGGCCUUUCACAAACUCCUGGAGCAAGUCGGGGGCCUGGGCCGGUUUCAGACCCUGCAGAUGGCUUUCAUCGGCAUCUCCUGCUUCUUUGCGUACCCUCACAUUCUGUUGGAGAACUUCACCGCGGCCGUUCCCGGCCACCGCUGCUGGGUCCACAUCGUGGACAACGGCACGGUCUCUGCUAAUGGCACUGGGACCCUCGGGCAAGACGCCCUCCUGAGAGUCUCCGUCCCGCUGGACUCAGACCUGAAGCCAGAGAAGUGUCGCCGCUUCCUCCACCCGCAGUGGCAGCUCCUUCACCUGAAUGGGACCUUGUCCAACAUGAGCGAGCCAGCCACGGAGCCCUGUGUGGAUGGCUGGGUGUACGACCGGAGCGCCUUCUCCUCCACCAUCGUGAUGGAGUGGGACCUGGUGUGCGACUCCGAGUCACUGAACUCAGUGUCCAAAUUCUCAUUCAUGGUUGGAGCGCUGGUGGGAGGCAUCAUUUUGGGCCAUUUGUCAGACAGGUUUGGGAGGAGGUUAACUUUCAGGUGGUGCUUACUGGUGCUCGCCAUCGCCGGGAACUGCAUGGCCUUUGCCCCCACGUUCCUCCUUUACUGCUCACUGCGCUUCUUGGCCGGCUUUUCUGCCAUGAGCAUCAUGACAAACAGUUCGGUGCUUAUUAUGGAAUGGAUACUGCCCCGACUCCAAGCCAUGGGAAUGUUGGUGACAAUCUGUGCUGUUUGUGUCGGACAGAUGCUUCUGGGAGGCCUGGCUUUUGUCAUUCGAGACUGGCACAUCCUUCAGCUGGUGUAUUCUGUACCGUUGCUGAUCUUGUUUCUUCUCUCAAGGUGGAUGGUGGAGUCUGCUCGGUGGCUGAUUAUCACCAACAAACCCGAGGAGGGCUUGAAGGAGCUCAGGAAAGUCGCCUACCUGAAUGGAAAGAAGGAUGUCGGAGACGCCCUCACCAUGGAGGUUUUGAGAUCCACCAUGCAGGACGAGCUGGAGGCGGCCCAGACCAAACCGCUUGUGUCGGACUUGUUCCGCACGCCCAACCUGCGUAAGAGGAUGUGUCUCCUGUGCUUUACAAGAUUUGCAACCUGCAUCCCCUUCUUCGGCCUGACUCUCCACCUCCAGCACCUGGGCGGCCAGGUCUUCCUGUCCCAGGUGCUCUUCGGCGCAGCCUCCCUCCCAGCCAAUUACAUCGCACUUCUGGCCCUGAAUCAUCUGGGCCGGCGGGUGAGCCAGGUCCUCUUCCUGAGCCUGCUGGGGAGCUCCAUUCUGGCCCUCAUCCUUGUGCAUCAAGAAAUGCAGACCCUGCGCGUGGCUUUGUCCACUUUGGGAGUCGUAUUUUCUUCUGCAUCGCUCAUGAGUUCUUUUGUCCACGGACAUGAACUGAUCCCCACCAUAAUCAGGGCAACAGCUGCAGGAAUCAUCGGGAUCCUUGGUAACACUGGGGCAGCCCUGGCUCCCCUUUUCAUGAUCCUGACCGUGUAUUCUCCCCACCUGCCCUGGAUCCUCUAUGCAGUCAUCAGCUUCAUCCCUGGCUUUGUUGUCUUCUUCCUUCCUGAAACCAAGAAUCAGCCUCUGAUUGACACUAUCCAGGAUGUGGAGAAGGAGAGAAAAGGCUCAGGGAAAGGGAAACCAGAAGACACCUACAUGAAAGUGACCCAGUUUUAGGGGGUCCCGGCAACGGCCUGCUAGUCGGAGAGCCAGACGGAGGGGAGGGGGAUGGGAUCAUCCCUCCAUGUGGGCAAAUUUGGGGAAAGAAGUAAAUAAUGCUAUAGAAGUAAUAAAAAAGCUAUAAUGAAAAAGUGCAUCUUGUUUACCAUUGCAGUACUAAAUAAGUAUAUAUAAAAUGUCUAUGAUUAGUCAUCAUGAGAAGUUUGAGGAGCCCUGGUCAAUGUGGCUCAGGUGGUUGGAGUGUCAGCCAAUAAAGUGAGAAGUCGCAGAUAUGAAUGACUGCUGGUCAGGGCACAUGCCUGGGUUGUAGGUUUGGUCCCCAGUCAGGGCGUCCAAUCUCACACCGACGUGAGAGGUUACCCUCCCUCUCCCUUUUCUCUCCCACUCCCCCCUGCCAGAGCUGCCUCUGAAAUCAAUAAGCAUGU